AUGUUGAAGCUCUCUCAACUGUUUGACGCAAAAGGUCGCAACAGCGCAGAGGCGAACGAGUCCUCCCACGCUCAUCACCCAUCACAAUCUUCAGUCUCCGCCGAUUCAUCCUCCCAAAUAUCUCCCGUCGUAUCGGUCUUCUCCUCCAGGGUUCAUAGCAAAUUCUCGAGCUCUGUUUCCUCUCUGAUCUCCUCAUCCGGCAUGGGGAACUCCAUGGAGGGCUCUGGUUUGCAUAAAAAGCAACUACGAGAGGUGAAGGAAGAGCCCAUCGAGCGCGGGAGCGAUGAGAUUGAGAGUGACUACUUUCAACACUUUGACCACUAUUAUCCUACCGAAACAUACCACGAUGAGACAUAUUCGUCAACUCUAGAUUCCGACGGAUAUGAUCUCACCGACAGGUACCUAGAUAUUGCCCAAUCGCCAACAAAGAGACGGCGGUCGGGAAGUUUAUCUUCAAGAAUAUCUUCAAGAGGGCUAUCGCGAAUCGGUACGCGCAUCUCGACCAUGUCAGCCAGGUGGCGAUCCAAACAUUCGUCACGCUCGUCUGAUGUGGCGUAUGUGGAGGAGGAGACAAUGGGGGAUGAUCUUCGAUCGCGCGCAAAUUCGGCAUCAUCAACAUUGAAUCCGAUUUCCAGGGUUGCUUCGAUCUCCCAAUCGAUCUCCCAAUCUCCAGUGAGAACCGCCCACGGGCCGCGAAGGAGCGAUACCAGUGUGCUGCCAAUAGAUAUUGAAAAGGCCAACCGUCCAAGCACGGAUGACUCAGAGCCUCAAGCCAGCACGCCUUUGCUCCCACCUUUAUUAUCGGAACAUUCGUCAGCUGCAGACGAGCCCGUCAAUUCGCCGUUAGAGUCACCAUCCGUCGCAGAUGUGACUGAGGAAACUAGUCUUCCCGGCACUACCAGUGCAUGCGCGAGCAUACAUCCCUCACCGCCUUUGUCUACCCAACCGUCGAUGGCUUCUAUGAAACGGCCACGAGCAAACACCGUGCGGACGGUGGCAGGUGACGGGGCACCACCCGUUGUCCUUACGGACCCAGAUGAUGAAUGGGCUCAUAAGCUGGGACAUGCAAACUUCACCAUUCAACCGGAGCCAUAUGUCCUCGAGACAUAUGAUGCCGAGUCUUUUCGGCAAUUCCGGAAAGACUGGGAACUGGCGCGCUGCAAUUAUGCAAAACACCUUGUUCGCACCGGCGAGCAUUACGGAGUGACCUCCAAGAUCUACCAGCUCACCCAAGAAAAGUGGCAGUCCAUCGACAGUGAAUGGAAGAGGAACUACGAAUCGAUGGUCGCCAACCUCGGGGUGUCUGAGGCGGCUGCGCUGGGUCUGACGACGUCGAAUAUCCAUCCCAGCGACCCGGUCAAGAUCCCACGUCUGCACGACAAGGACAAGUUUCCCGAGCUCGGUGAUGAGGAGAUUGUCGGUCCGAUCCAUCUCCCGACUUCUCUCCACUUCAUCGCAGUCGACACUCGUGAAGAAGGCCCCCUGGCCUUUCCUGACAAGAAUGAAGAAAGGAGAAGAGAUGGUUCUGGCAACAUUUAUCUUCUAUCUGUGAUAUAUUUUUUUAACACCCUUUUGACUAGUAGGAUUAAUGAAGUACCCUACAUAGCUCUACUGUACUGUACAUACGUACGUACAGUACAUGAGGUACUGUACAUGCAUAUGAUCCCGAUCCUGAGCAAAAUGUUUGCAAGUCACAAAGUCUCAAUCAGCAGGCCACCGGACGUCCAGGAAUACAAAUACAAAGAAGAAGAAGAAGAAGAAGAAGAAGAAGAAGAAGACAGAUAUCCGGAUAACGAACUUGUUAAGUAA